GCCGCCGCCGCCGGCGCAGCCGCCCCCGCUCCCGCUCCGCCGCCGCGGCCCCCGCCCCGCCCGCCCCCGCCGCCGGUCCGCGGCGCGCCUGCCCGCCCGCCCCUGGCCGUGGCCGUGCCCGCGGCCGCGCGGGGCUGCCCGCCGCCCGCCGCGCCGGAGCCCGCGGCGCGCCGCCCAUGCGAGACCCCCGCGGCCCGGGCAGCGCGCAGCGACCCCCGGCCGGGCCAGGCAUGUGAAGAUGUCAGUGGGCUGUGCAUGCCCUGGCUGUUCCUCUAAGUCAUUCAAGCUGUACUCGCCAAAGGAGCCCCCGAACGGCAACGCCUUCCCCCCCUUCCACCCAGGCACCAUGCUGGAUCGAGAUGUGGGACCUACUCCCAUGUACCCACCGACGUACCUGGAGCCUGGAAUUGGGAGGCACACGCCGUACGGGAACCAGACUGACUACAGGAUAUUUGAGCUCAACAAGCGGCUGCAGAACUGGACAGAGGAAUGUGACAAUCUGUGGUGGGAUGCCUUCACCACAGAGUUCUUUGAGGAUGACGCCAUGUUAACAAUCACUUUCUGCUUGGAGGAUGGACCAAAGAGAUACACGAUCGGCCGGACUCUGAUUCCCCGUUACUUCCGCAGCAUCUUUGAAGGGGGAGCUACAGAGCUCUACUACGUGCUCAAGCACCCCAAGGAGUCCUUCCACAACAACUUCGUCUCGCUGGACUGCGACCAGUGCACCAUGGUCACCCAGCACGGCAAGCCCAUGUUCACCCAGGUGUGCGUGGAGGGGCGGCUCUACCUGGAGUUCAUGUUCGACGACAUGAUGAGGAUAAAGACAUGGCAUUUCAGCAUCCGCCAGCAUCGAGAGCUCAUCCCCCGCAGCAUCCUUGCCAUGCAUGCACAGGACCCCCAGAUGCUGGACCAGUUAUCUAAGAACAUCACCCGCUGUGGGCUCUCAAACUCCACACUCAACUACCUCCGACUCUGUGUAAUCCUAGAACCAAUGCAGGAGCUCAUGUCACGACACAAGACCUAUAGCCUCAGUCCCCGGGACUGCCUCAAGACUUGCCUCUUCCAGAAGUGGCAGCGGAUGGUCGCUCCACCUGCGGAGCCAGCACGGCAGCAGCCCAGCAAGCGCCGGAAAAGGAAGAUGUCGGGUGGCAGCACCAUGAGCUCUGGUGGGGGAAACACCAACAACAGCAACAGCAAGAAGAAGAGCCCGGCCAGCACCUUUGCCCUGUCCAGUCAGGUACCUGAUGUGAUGGUGGUAGGCGAGCCCACGCUGAUGGGGGGGGAGUUUGGGGACGAGGACGAGCGGCUCAUCACCCGGCUGGAGAACACGCAGUUUGACGCCGCCAACGGCAUUGACGACGAGGACAGCUUCAACAACUCACCGGCGCUGGGGGCCAACAGCCCCUGGAACAGCAAACCGCCCUCCAGCCAGGAGAGCAAGUCAGAGAACCCCACGUCGCAGGCGUCGCAGUAACGGCCCCCCCGCCGCCCCGUGGACUCAGUCCCAACCGAUCUACCUGUACAUUUACAACAGAGAGUGACUGGGAAGCGGCGAGGUACUGAGGGCGGAUCGGCGCCACGUGGCCGACGGGGCGCACGGCCUGGGGUGCGCGCCAGGCGGGCAGCCCCCAGUCCUCUCCCCCCCACCGCCUCCCAUAGCUUCGUUAUUCCCUCUUCUCCCUCUUCAUCCCUGCAUCUUCCCCGGAGAGCUUCUCAUCCCCGCCCCGAUGUUCCCAGCCCCUGUCUGCUGAGCAGGGGGAAUUAGGAGGAAGGUGUCGGCAGCGGCUGGUGCGACCAGGAAGCCGUCGGCGUGCAGAUGGCCUGCGUUGGGGUCUGGCACAGGCCAGAGACCCUCCUUCUCCUCCUCCUCCUCCCUGGGUCCUACAGCCGGGGUUCGCUGGGCAGCCACCUGCAGAGGGGUUGCACAUCCCCAGCCCAACCUGGGGCUGGCGGGGGGGGCAGUGAUGGAAAGCCUUCCCCAUGCCGCUGGCUCUGCCAUGGAGCCUCCUCCAGCCGGGUACGGAUCCUGCUGCGCUGGGGUGGUGUGGAGGGUAGGGCCCUGUCGCAUUCCUCCGCUCUCCUGCACCCUCCCCUUCCCCUCGCUCCCCAGGGGCGAGAGAGCAGCAGGGCCACGGGGGGACUCUGUAUAUAGGAAGUGUGGGGGGGAGGGGGCUGGGGGGGCUACGGAGGACCCAUGGUUCUGCCAGAGCAGCUGGUGCCCUCGCUCCCUGCCCACAGCCCCUGUGUUUCUCCCCACUCCGCGUGAAGUCCGCCUGGGGCCCCUUUGCAACCCCCGGCUCCUGGUACCUCCUACUUUUGUCUUUUUUUAAGAAAAAAAAAUAAUAUUAUUAAAAUUGUAAGUUUAAAAAAAAAGAAAAAAAAUGGGACAAGACCCCCCUCCCCAGCCCCUUCGCCGGUUCCCCCCUCCCCACCCUGAGCCCUCUCACCCUGUCCUGACUUUUGUACAGGCUUCUUCUCUUGGGAGUCUCAUUUUAUAUCCAGUUCGGAGAGCUUCAAACCAAGGAGAGACUUUGCAGACUUCCUUUCUAAUCCCUCCAGGGGCCGGGGGGGGCAGCCCCCCGCCUCCCUCCUCAAUGUAAAUCUUGUGUGCUGUUGUCCCCGCUCCCCCCCCCUCGGGUUCGUGUACCUCGUGCUUGUACAUUUCCGCGCUGUAGACAGUGUGUACGAUACUGUUCUUUCAAUGUGUUAUCACUAGAGCAGGUGCCUCCAUUGAUGUUAGGGGAAACGAUGAGAAAAAUAAUAAUUUUUGGGGUUUUUUUGGUUUAAAAAAAAAAAAAAGAAAAAAAAAAUCCCUUCCAAGGCUUCUUCUAAGGAGAAGAUGGGAGGUGCCGGGGGAUGGUGUUUGUGCUUGCCGGCUCACCCUAGCAGCCUCGGAGGGAGGGUUUGGGGGGAGCUGGGGCUUGGGGCUGCCCGUGGGCACCCCCCGGCACAGCCCCGAGGUGGGGUUGCCGCGGGAGUGGCUGGGGUGGGAGGGGGCUGCCCUGGUGGGGGGGUGUGGGGUGUGUAAGAGUGCGUGUACGAGAGGUUUGUGUGUCUGUCUGUGUGUGUGUAAAGGAGCCCAGGGCAGGCAGAGCAGCCCUGCAGUUUGGGGGAGACGGGGGUACACCCCACUCUCUCCACCAGACCCCUCCCAGCUCCCUGCCAGGGAUUCCACAGUGCGUGUCCCGCUGCCCCAUGGGGCUGGGGGCUGGCGGGUGUCGCAGAGGGGCUGCCCCCUGCGCGGGGUCUCUGGCUGCAGCAGCGCGGUUGCCUGCACCCUGCGUCUCACCCACUUGUGGCUGAGGCUGUGGGGGGUGGCUGAGCCGGGGACACACCGCACCCCCCCACGUGUCCCCCCUCCUUCUGCUGUCGCUGGGGUUGGGCAGGGAGGCAGGAGCCCCUUGGGUCAGCUCUGGCCUGAUCUCAAGCCCAAAAUCCCCAGAGAUAUGCCUGGGUCAGCUCCUGGGCCCCUCCCCGGGCAGCCCGGAGGUGGAGAGCUCAGCCCAGUGGACCCCCAGCCGCAGGCAUGGGGGGUCCCCACGGCUCCUUCGCAGGUGGGGGGGGUAGGCUCCCAGGGCGGGAGCACGGUGUGGCGGGGAGGGGGGCUCUACUUUGCAAUUAAGGUACGAUUCUCGCCGCCGUGCUGCUGGGCUCCCGUGGAGGGUGUGGAGCCCCUCGCUGCCCCCCCCUCCCCAGACCCACUGUAAUGCCUUUUUGUUUCUUUUUUUUUUUUUUCCCCCUUCCUCCCCUCCAUAGUUUGUGCCAUUUAUGAGUCAUGUAUGGUACCAAUAAAAUGACUUUUCGGUUUGA